AUGAAGACCUCCACGAUCCUCCUCUGUCUCGCUCCCACGAUAGCUCUCGCCGUCGAGGCCGAUGCUCAAAUACCUCCCGCUGUGUCUCCCACGCCCUCCCUCCCCAAUGCCAACCCGCCCGCGCCGUUGCCUGAGAUCCCGACACCGUCGAACACAGAGCUCAAUGCGAAGUUAUGGGAGAUUCGCACGCUGUUUGAGAUCGAAGAUAAUACAGAUGCGACACGGGUGCAAGAUCAACUGCCCGAACCAGCGAGUGGGAGAAUCGCAUCAACAGGGGAAACCAAGGCGUUGCGCGCACGGAGUGAAGGCACACUCGGACAAACACCAUGGAUUGGCAUGGCUAUUGGAUUGACCUACCGGGUCGUUUUACCUUUUACCUUUACCUUACCUACUUCUACUGACGCUUCUUUACGAGUGCGACAACCAAUGAUGAUACUGCGCAGACAGACAGACAGACAGACAAAGAACACGAGCGACAUGCACCUGCAGACUGCUGUCAUCUCCGUUCUCUAUUCUUUAUCUCAGUGA